UUUUUUUUGUUCUGCUUGUUCAAUCUAUAUACUUUAAUUAUCCUCCCCCCCCACUCUAAGUAAUUCAAGCUAUAUAGAUCUCGAUCAAUUCUUUUAAGAUCAAUCAGCAGAAUAUAAAUACAUAUAUAAAUACAUAUAAUAGAAAGAUUUAAAUACCCUUACGCACAAGCACACUCAAACACGAUUGUAAAUAAUAAUAAUAUAAUGUCUGUUCAAAAUACUUCAUGGGCUGAUGCUAUUCCUCCUGCCCAAGGCUUAUAUAACCCUGAAUUUGAAAAGGAUGCCUGUGGUGUUGGUUUCAUGGUCCACGUCAAGGGUGUUCGUUCUCAUAAGAUUUUAUCUGACGCCAGCAGCAUUCUUUGCAAUAUGACUCAUCGUGGUGCCAGUGGUGCUGAUAUUCGUGAUGGUGAUGGCGCAGGCGUCAUGACAGGUAUUCCUCACCAAUUCUUUGUCAAUGAAACUUCCCGUGAAUUGGGUAUCACUUUGCCUGAAGAGGGUCAUUAUGCUGUUGGUAACUUGUUUAUGAAGGGCGAUGCUGAAUCUGUUGCCGAGAGCAAGAAAGUCUUUGAACAAUUGGCUGAAUCUCUUCACUUAAAGGUUCUUGGUUGGCGUUCUGUUCCUCGUGAUUCUACUAUCAUUGGUCCUGCUGCUCGAUCCAAGGAACCUGCUAUUGAACAACCUUUUGUUGUCUUAGCUGAUCAAACUAAGGCAUUUGAUGAACCUUACUUUGAACGUCAACUCUACGUUUUGCGUAAACAUGCUACUCAUACACUCACCAUGAAGAAGUGGUUCUAUGUCUGUUCUCUUUCCAACAAGAACAUUGUCUACAAGGGCCAACUUACUCCCAAGCAAGUCUAUUCUUACUUCCAUGAUUUGAACAAUGUUCAAUACACCACUCACUUUGCUCUUGUUCAUUCUCGUUUCUCCACUAACACCUUCCCCUCCUGGGAUCGUGCUCAACCUAUGCGUUGGUGUGCUCACAAUGGUGAAAUUAAUACUGUACGUGGUAAUAAGAACUGGAUGCGUUCUCGUGAAGGUGUAAUGGCAUCUGACAAGUUUGGUGAUGAACUUGAAUUGCUUUACCCUAUUAUUGAAGAAGGUGGUUCUGACUCUGCUGCCUUUGAUAACGUACUUGAAUUGUUGGUAAUUAACGGUGUCUUAACUUUACCUGAAGCUAUCAUGAUGAUGAUUCCUGAAGCUUGGCAAAACAACAACCUCAUGAGCCCUGAAAUGAAGGCCUUUUACAAGUGGGCUGCUUCCUUGAUGGAACCCUGGGAUGGCCCUGCUCUCUUCACCUUCUCUGAUGGUCGUUACUGUGGUGCCUCUCUUGAUCGUAAUGGUCUUCGUCCUUGUCGUUACUAUUUGACAAAUGACGAUAUCAUGAUCUGUGCUUCUGAAGUUGGUACUGUCUUCAUUGAUCCUGAAACUGUAGUUGAAAAGGGUCGUCUUAAACCUGGUCGUAUGCUCUUGGUUGAUACUGUUGAAGGUAAAAUCGUUGACGAUAAGCAACUCAAGCUCCAGACUGCUUCCAAGCGUGAUUUUAGUAAGUGGAUCAAAGAUCAAAGUAUUGUGUUGAAGGAUGUUGUCGAAAGAUCCAACGCUGUUAAGCCUUAUGUUCCUGCUUUGGAUGCUACAACUGUUCAAGCUGAUCCUCGUUUGAAGGCCUUUGGCUACACUCUUGAACAAUUGAACUUGAUCAUGCUUCCUUUGGCUUCAACUGGUAAGGAACCUUUGGGCUCCAUGGGUAACGAUACUGCUCUUGCUUGUCUUGCUGAGCAACCUCGUCUUAUCUAUGAAUACUUCCGUGAACUGUUCGCUCAAGUCACCAACCCUCCUAUUGAUCCCAUUCGUGAAGAGAUUGUAAUGUCUCUUGAAUGUUAUGUUGGCCCUGAAGGUAACAUUCUUGAAGUGGAUGAAACUCAAUGUCAUCAAUUGGCUCUUCCUUCUCCCAUCUUGUCCAUGGAAGAACUUGAUGCCAUCAGAGGUAUGGAUCAAUUCUAUCCUGAUUGGAAGGUUGCUACCAUUGAUAUCACUUUCCCUAAGGUAAAUGGUGUUCAAGGCUACGUUGACACUCUUGAACGUGUCUGUAACGAAGUUUCCCAAGCCAUCAAAGAUCACUACAAGGUUGUUGUUCUUUCUGACCGUGCAGUCAAUGCUGAUCGUGUUGCCAUCUCUUCUCUUAUUGCUGCUGGUGGUGUUCACCACUACUUGGUACGUAACAAGCAACGUAGUCGUAUUGCUCUGAUGGUUGAAACUGCUGAAGCCAGAGAAGUUCAUCACUUCUGUGUUUUGCUCGGUUAUGGUGUAGAUGCUGUCUGUCCUUACUUGUCAUUGGAAACCAUGUUGAAGCUUCACCGUGAACGUGCUGUCCAUGAAGGCUUGACUCCUGAAAAAUUGAUCUAUAACUUCAAGAAGGGUAUUGAUAAUGGUAUUCACAAGGUCAUGUCCAAGAUGGGUAUCUCUACUUUGGCUUCUUACAAGGGUGCUCAAAUCUUUGAAGCUCUUGGUAUCGAUGAUUCUGUUAUCUCCCGCUGUUUCUCUGGUACUGCUUCUCGUAUCAAGGGUGUCACUUUUGAUAUCUUUGCUUUAGAUGCCUUGACUCUUCAUGAAACUGGUUACCCUAGCCGUAACAUUGUUCAACCUGUCGCUCUUCCUGAAUCUGGUGAAUAUCACUGGCGUGAUGGUGGUGCUCCUCACAUUGCUGAACCCACUGGUAUUGCUAACCUUCAAGAUGCUGUUCGUCAAAAGAACCAAUCCUCUUAUGAUGCUUAUUCUCGCAACGCUUAUGAAGCCAUCAAGAAAUGUACCCUUCGUGGUAUGCUUGAAUUUGACUUUGAGAACUCCAAGCCUAUUCCUAUUGAACAAGUCGAAUCUUGGGACAAAAUCGUCAAACGUUUCGUCACUGGUGCCAUGUCUUAUGGUUCCAUUUCUAUGGAAGCUCACUCUUCUUUGGCCAUUGCCAUGAACAAAUUGGGCGGUAAAUCCAAUACUGGUGAAGGUGGUGAAAAGCCUGAGCGUUCUAUUCCUCUUGAAAACGGUGACUCCAUGCGUUCUUCUAUCAAGCAAGUUGCUUCUGGUCGUUUCGGUGUUACUAGUUUCUACCUUUCUGACUCUGAAGAAUUGCAAAUCAAGAUGGCUCAAGGUGCCAAACCUGGUGAAGGUGGUGAAUUAGCUGGUAGCAAGGUUUCUGAAGAAAUUGCCAGUACUCGUAAGACAACUCCUGGUAUUGGUUUGAUUUCUCCCCCUCCUCACCACGAUAUCUACUCUAUUGAAGAUUUGAAGCAGUUGAUUUAUGAUCUCAAGUGUGCCAACCCUCGUUCUCGUGUCUCUGUUAAGCUCGUAUCUGAAGUGGGUGUUGGUAUUGUUGCUGCUGGUGUAGCUAAGGCUAAGGCUGACCAUAUCUUGAUUUCUGGUCAUGAUGGUGGUACUGGUGCUUCUCGUUGGACUGGUAUCAAAUACGCCGGUCUUCCUUGGGAACUUGGUCUUGCCGAAACUCAUCAAACUUUGGUCUUGAACGAUCUGCGUGGUCGUGUUAUUGUCCAAACUGAUGGUCAAAUCAAAACAGGUCGUGAUAUUGCCAUUGCUUGUUUGCUUGGUGCUGAAGAAUGGGGUUUCGCCACUACUCCUCUUAUUGCUCUUGGCUGUACCAUGAUGAGAAAGUGCCACUUGAACACUUGUCCUGUCGGUAUUGCUACUCAAGAUCCUGAAUUGCGUAAGAAAUUUGAAGGUUCUCCUGAACAUGUUGUCAACUUCUUCUUCUAUCUUGCUGAAGAAAUGCGUAGCAUCAUGGCCAAACUUGGUUUCCGCACUAUCAAUGAAAUGGUUGGUCACGCUGAAAAGCUUAAGGUCAAUGAUGGUCUCCGUACUUACAAGACUGCCAACUUGGACUUGUCACCCAUCUUGACUCCUGCCAGCACUCUUCGUCCUGGUGUUUCCAACGUCUGUAUCACUAAGCAAAAGCACAACCUCCACGUUCGUCUUGAUAACUACCUCAUUGAUGAAUCUGAGGCUGCUCUUACCAACAAGGAGAAGGUCUACAUUGAGACCGAUGUGAUCAACACUGAUCGUGCUCUUGGUACCACUCUCUCAUACCAUGUCUCUAAGCGUCAUGGUGAAGCUGGUCUUCCUGCUGAUACUAUCCAUGUCAAGUUGAAGGGUUCUGCCGGUCAAUCUUUGGGUGCUUUCUUGGCUCCUGGUAUCUUCUUUGAAUUAGAAGGUGACUCUAAUGAUUAUGUUGGUAAGGGUCUUUCCGGUGGUCAAAUUGCCAUCUAUCCCCCAAGAACUCUAGCUUCAAGUCUGAAGAAAACGUCAUUGUUGGUAACUGGCAAGGCCUUCUUCCGUGGUAUUGCUGCCGAACGUUUCUGUGUUCGUAACUCUGGUGCUAUUGCUGUCUGUGAAGGUGUUGGUGACCAUGGUUGUGAAUACAUGACAGGUGGUCGUGCUGUCAUUCUCGGUAGCACAGGUCGUAACUUUGCUGCUGGUAUGUCUGGUGGUAUUGCCUAUGUCUUGGAUCUUCAAGGUGACUUUAAGCAAAAUGUCAACAUGGAAAUGGUUGAAUUGGACACUGUCAAUGACACUGAACGUAUUGCUGAAUUGCGCGAUUUGAUUGAAGACCAUCGUCAUUACACCGGUUCUGAAAUUGCUGAUCGUGUUCUCAAAAACUUCAAUGAAUACUUGCCCAAGUUCGUCAUGGUUAUGCCUACUGAAUUCCGUGCUCUUUUAGAAAAGCAACGUGCUGAAAAGUUGGCUGCUGUCACUCCCAAGAAGGAAACCUGUGAAAAGGCUCACAAGAAAUCUGAACCUCAAGUCGAAGACCUUGAAGACUCUGUCUUGAGUGAAGAAGCUAUCUUGGCUCGUCGUGCCAAGUUGGACAAGGUCCGUGGUUUUAAGAAGUACAAGCGCAAGACUGAUCCUUACCGUGAUGCCAAGAAACGUGGUUCUGAUUGGAAUGAAGUCAAUGUUCGCCUUACUCGUCCUGAGCUUCACGAACAAGCUGCUCGCUGUAUGGAUUGUGGUGUGCCCUUCUGUCAAUCUGACACUGGUUGUCCUAUUGGUAACAUAAUCCCCAAGUGGAAUGAACUUAUCUACAAGGAUAACUGGAAAGAAGCUCUUGAUCGUCUUAUGAUGACCAACAACUUCCCUGAAUUCACUGGUCGUGUAUGCCCUGCUCCUUGUGAAAAUGCUUGUGUUCUUGGUAUUAAUGAACCUCCUGUUGCUAUCAAGAGUAUUGAAUGUGCCAUUAUCGACCGUGGUUUUGACGAAGGUUGGAUUGCUCCUAACCCUCCUGCUCAACGUACUGGUAAGAAGAUUGCUGUCAUUGGUUCUGGUCCUGCUGGUUUAGCUGCUGCUGAUCAAUUGAACAAGGCUGGCCAUCUUGUCACUGUCUACGACCGUAAUGAUCGUAUUGGUGGUCUUUUGAUGUAUGGUAUUCCCAACAUGAAGCUUGAUAAGAAGAUCGUUCAACGUCGUAUUGAUCUCUUGGCUGCUGAAGGUAUUACUUUUGUCACCAAUGCUCAUGUUGGUGUUGAUGUCGAUGUCAAUACUUUGCAUGAACAGAAUGAUGCCAUCAUUGUUGCUACUGGUGCUACUUGGCCCCGUGACCUUAAGAUUCCUGGUCGUGAAGCCGAUGGUAUUCACUUUGCUAUGGAAUUCCUUCAAGCCAAUACUAAGAGCUUGCUUGAUUCUGAACUCAAAGAUGGUCAAUACCUCUCUGCUAAGGGUAAGAAGGUAGUUGUCAUUGGUGGUGGUGAUACUGGUAACGAUUGUAUUGGUACUUCUAUUCGCCAUGGUUGUGAAUCUGUUGUCAACUUUGAAUUGUUGCCUCAACCUCCUGCCACUCGUGCUUCUGACAACCCAUGGCCUCAAUUCCAACGUAUCUUCCGUGUUGACUAUGGUCAUUCUGAAGUCAAGGCUCACUUUGGCAAAGAUCCUCGUGAGUACUGUGUCCUUUCCAAGGAAUUCAUUGUUGAAAAUGGUCAAGUCAAGGGUAUCAAAACUGUUCGUGUUGAAUGGACAAAGGAUGCUGCUGGUCGAUGGGCUAUGGCCGAAGUUCCUGGCUCUGAAGAAACUUUUGAAGCCGACCUUGUUCUUCUUUCAAUGGGUUUCCUUGGUCCUGAAGAAGCUGUCAUUAAACAAUUGAACAUUAAGCAAGACGGUCGUUCCAAUAUUGAAACACCCAAGGGCAAGUAUGCUACUUCUGUUCCUGGUGUCUAUGCUGCUGGUGAUUGUCGUCGUGGUCAAUCUUUGAUUGUUUGGGGUAUUAACGAAGGUCGUAUGUGUGCUCGUGAGGUUGAUUAUCAAUUGAUGGGUAGUACUUACUUGCCUGUUACUGGUGGUAUUCAACAACGUAUCCUUCCUAAUCCUGCUGCUUAACUUGUAUAGAAACAAAACACACUAAAAUGUGCACAUAUUUAUAUAUCACUGUAUUCUUUAUAUUCCUUUUUUUUCACUUUUGUCAUGUAUGGGGGUACAUGGUAACAGUGAAUAUACAUACUUUUCACAAUAAAAACGAUUUAGAUUUUUAAAAACAA